AUGCAGCAGGCUGAACAGCUCCAUGGGCAGAUGUACGCCUAUCAGGGGUAUGUGCAGCCGGAGCAUAAGGCUAGCUGGACGCAUGAGGCCAUCGCAGCUGCCGCCGGGUUCGCAGCUAUGAAAGCCUGGGAAUCGCACCUCCGCGCAACGGGUCAACAGCCUACACACGAAACGAUGAAAGAGAUCCUGGCCGCGAUCGCCGCAGCCGAAGUGGACCGUUUGGCCGAAACGAAAGGACUCGAUUUUAUCGAUCGCGAGCGGGCGAAGCACCAGGCUGUCGCCCAGGCGCACGCGUUCGCCAAUGAACGGUAUCGCGGUGGGACGGGGGCGGAGUAUGCUCAGCAGUGGGGCGGCCCUGCCCAGGAAUAUCAGUGGAAUGGAGGGUAUGGGCAGUACCAGGGCUGGCAUCAGCAGUACCAGCAGGGGCCGUGGGGUGGGUACGGGGGAGGAGGGUACGGACCGCCUGGUGGGGGAUAUGGACCUCCUGGUGGGGGAUAUGGGCCUCCGGGAGGAGGGUACGGGCCGCCUGGUGGGGGGAACGGGCCUCCCCCUGGAGAGUGGGAAGGCGGUGAGAGGCACCAUCAUCAUCAUCACCAUCGCGAGAACUGGUGA